CUGUGGCUGUCAGCUGGUGCUGGUUCCGUCUGUCCGGGACGUUUCCCUUUGUCCGGUGUAUCCACAGCCCCCGAUUCCCAUCCCGGACCUGCCCAAGGAGGACCGAGCGCGGGUGCUGCUGCUGCCCGAGCCCUGCACGCUGGACAUCGACGGGGUGGUGCUGGGGCUCAGCUCCACGGACGUGCUCUUCCACAUGGGAGCUGAGGAGAUCAGCAGCUCCUCCGGGAUCUCCGACCGUUUCACGCGGAUCCUGCGGCACAUCCUGACCCAGCGCAGUUUCUACCCCCUGUACCCUCCGUCGGAGGAGUUGAACGUUCACCACGAGGUUGCAGCGCUCGGGGCCCGGCUGCCCCUCACCCCCGACGUGCUCAUCACCCCCUCCCAGCUCAGGUUCUUCGUCAAGGACGUCCUGGGCUGUGUCUGCAUCAACCCCGGGCAGCUGACCAAGGGCCGGGCCGGGGGCACCUUCGGCCGCCUCUGGAUCCACCGGGAAGAGCCGAGGGAAUCACCCACGGAAUCACCCACGGAAUCACCCACGGAGCCGCGCAGGAACCCCUGUGUGGCUGCCCAGAUCCUCCGGAUCUGA